AUGGCCCAAAUUGUGGAGGCAUCCAAGGAGCCAGUGCCAGCUGAAGCUCCGGCGGUGCCUGUAGAGGAGGCCACUAUCCCUGUGAAGGUGCUGAAUCUCGCGGGCCGAGAGGUGCUGGCGUGCCAUCUUCAUGCUGGGAGCACGGUGCACGAGAUCAAAACACAGGUGGCUUUAGCUGGCGGCCCAGACGUGCGCCUUCAGAUGCUCUCCUUUGACGGCUGCGUGCUGAAGGAUGCCACAACAUGUCACGCGUUGGGAUGGACUGCAGCUGAGCCUGCCACGCUGACCAUGACACGCGUGCUUCCGGACGUCGACAAGUGUUUAGCCGGCCUCAUGGACCCUUUUUACAAGAAAAAGCCAUCGAGGCUUUCGCUCAUGGAGCUGCACACACUGUGCUGCCACUGCAAGGACAUUUUCCUGUCGGAGCCAAUGUUGCUGGAGCCAGACCCACCUUUGGUCAUUGUAGGUCGUCUACAUGGUUACUUCGACCAGCUGGUGAAGCUUCUUGAGAGAUGCGGAGGGCUGCCUGACACUCACUACUUGUUCCUGGGCGGCUACGUGAACAAGGGAAAGCGAAGCAUCGACACCAUUACAUUGCUGUUUACGUUCAAAAGCAUGUAUCCGGACAGUUUGUUUUUGCUCCGCGGCUGCGACGAGGAUGCUUCAAUGUGCAGGUACUAUGGCUUCUAUGAGGAGUGCCAGAGGCAAUUCAACAUCAAGCUUUGGAAGGCCUUUGUGGAGGCCUUCAAUUGCAUGCCCGUGUGCGCCUUGAUCCGUGGAAAAAUCUUCUGUGUUAGCAGCGGGCUUUCUCCUGAUAUGACAGAUCUCGCUUGUAUCCGACAGCUAAAACGUCCUUACCACGUGCCGGAGAACGGCCUGCUUUGUGACUUGCUCUGGGGGGUUCCGGAGGAGCAGGGUGGCUGGUCAAAAGGUCCUUUUGACAUUUCCUAUGCCUUUGGCGAGGAUGUGGUGAAGCGGUUUGUCGAAGAGAUGGGUCUGGAACUGAUUGUUCGGGGCAACCAACACGUCGUUGAUGGCGGCUAUGCAUACUUUGCUGACGAAAAGAUGGUGAGCAUUUGGAGCAUCUACAGUUGGGACUGGGACGAGCCGCACUACGACAACCAUGCUGCUGUGGUAAAGAUCUCGGAUCACCUGGGCGUUGAUUUCGAGGUGUUCGACAAGGUGAGCUCCGCCGGCCUUGGCUUCGCGCGGAGGCCGCGCCAGGAUCUCGGCUAG